UUGGUGUGGCGAUGUAAACAAAUCAGCAACUCAUUUGGCAACAUACAACAAACGUAGGAGAUCAUUUGGAGUUUGCUACCAAGAAAGUAGAACUUGCAAAAAUAUAAAAUGAAACUAAUUACCUCCAAGAGAGCUGUACACGUGGAGGUCUGUGUGAAGCUAUUACCGGGCAAAAGAUUGGAAGAAUUGCAAUCUUUAAUUGAAGGGCCACUAAGAAAUUUACUGGCCCGCAAACAGCUGCCUUUCAAUGAAGUAAUUAAACUGAGCGAAGAAGAUUUCGAAGAGGAGACGCUGAAAUGCAUUCAAAGUGUUUUGUUGGAAUGUGAAAGUAAAAAAGAUGGAGAGCUUUCCUCUGCAGAAGAUGCGGAGUACUUCAUAUUUCACUAUUAUUGGCCGCAGCUUAGACCUAUGGAAUUGGAAAUGUUUGAAACGGAAUCGGAAACAGAGGCUAUACCUUCGUCCAGCCAUUGGUUGCUGCCCUCAAAAUCGUUUGUGGGAUUAUGGGAACAUUUGAUUUACGAUGAAGGAUCUAAGGAGAAGCUAUUGAAAUUUGCUCUGUCGGCCUUAAUGUUUUCACAGCAUAAUGUUAAUCCCAAUGUGGUGUCCUGUAAUCGUUUGAUUUUACUGCAUGGUCCACCAGGUACCGGCAAAACAAGUCUGUGUAAGGCUUUGGCACAAAAAUUAUCAAUACGAUGUCGUCCAAUAUUCCGUUAUACCCAUCUCAUUGAAAUCAAUUCCCAUUCGCUGUUUUCCAAAUGGUUUUCGGAGAGUGGUAAAUUGGUGAUGCGUCUCUUUUCGAAGAUCAAAGAAAUCAUACAGGACACCCACAGCUUGGUAUGUGUUCUCAUCGAUGAGGUAGAGUCACUGGCCUAUGCCCGUGACUGUAUGUCCGGUCAGGAGCCGAGAGAUGCCAUGCGUGUUGUUAAUGCCUUACUCACCCAAUUGGAUAGCAUUAAGGAACAUCCAAAUGUUUUGAUUUUGGCUACAUCCAAUUUGGCCGACACCAUUGAUUUGGCAUUUCUAGAUCGAGCUGACAUUAAACAAUAUAUUGGGUUACCCAAUGAAUUGGCUAUACGAAAGAUAUAUGAUUCUAUGAUAUCAGAACUGAUGAGGGUGGGUAUUAUAGAGAGCAAUGAAUCGGUGCAGAGUGAUGAUAGACAUGAGGGUCUACUCAAGGAGUUGUCCACACGUAGUAAGGGUCUGAGUGGUCGAACUUUAAGAAAGUUACCAUUCUUGGCCCAUGCAGCCCACACAUAUAAUGUCGAUUUCGAUUGUAAGUCAAAAAUAAAUUUACCCGAUUUUUUGGAUUCAAUGCUUGAGGCAUUGGAGAAGCAUAAACUGGAUCAGGGUUUGAUGAAAUUGAAUAAAUGAUUUUGAGAGAAGGAAAUGGAGAA